AUGACGAAGAACGACUAUAUUAUCAAACUCCCGACCCUUAGGCAACCUACCUCGGAGGCACCCGAAAACGCACCAGCAAUCGUCAAGACCUGGACAGAUGCGUUUGAAAAAGUGCUUGCGAACAACGUGAAGGAUGGCCUCUCGACAGUGUUCCGCAAAGACGCCUGGACCAGAGACUUCCUCGGCCUCUCGUGGGACUUUCGAACCAUCAACGGCCUCGACGAGAUUACGGCUUUUUUCAAGGAAAACCAGCCCCGGGCUGGUCUCUGUCAUAUCGUGCCCCGAGAAAAUGGCGCUUUCAAGCCGUCGUUCGGGAACCCGGCACCCGGUGUUCACUGGGUGGAGAGCAUGUUUGACUUUGAAUCCAGCGUUGGCCGCGGCAAGGGUAUGGUGAGGCUGGCGUUGGAAGCGGAUGAUUCCUGGAAAGCGUUCGCGAUCAACUUCACUCUGCAAGAGAUCAAGGGGUUCGAGGAGAAGGUGGGAGUCAAUAGGCCUACGGGCCAUGUGGAUGCCAAAGGCGGCAAUUGGAAGGAGAGACGUGAAAGACAGGUGGAAUUCGUCGAUGAAGAUCCUACGGUCUUGGUCAUUGGCGCUGGUCACGCAGGUAUUAACAUUGGCGUUCGACUACGGAAUCUCGGCAUCCCGACGUUGAUGAUUGAUCGUAAUGAACGUGUCGGAGACAGCUGGCGGAAACGUUAUAGAACUCUCAUGACCCAUGACCCGAUCCAGUAUUGCCAUCUUCCUUUCAUCCCCUUCCCGGCGAACUGGGUACAGUUCAUGCCAAAAGACAAACUGGCAGACUGGUUGGAAUCGUACGCAAAGAUGAUGGAACUCAACAUCUGGACCAGCACCAAUAUCGAAGAGACCAGCUACGACGAGCAGGAAAAGACCUGGACUGUGAAACUUCGUCGGGCAGAUGGCACCCUCCGCAUCCUCAAGCCUCGACACAUUGUUCUGGCUACAGGCCAAGCCGGCGACCCCAUCACGCCCACCUUUCCCGGACAGGAUGAUUUCAAGGGCGUGGUGUAUCACGGCAGCCAGCACCAAGACGCCUCCCUCGUCGACAACCUCUCCAGCAAGAAGGUCCUCGUCGUAGGCUCCGGCAACUCGAGUCACGACAUCUGCCAGAACUUUUACGAAAACGGCGCAGCGCAGGUGACGAUGAUCCAAAGAGGCGGCACCUAUGUCAUUACAGCGAACAAGGGAAUCUUUGUGAUGCAUAAAGGCAUGUACGAGGAAGGCGGGCCACCGACCGAAGACUGCGAUAUCGUGGCCCAGAGCUUGCCGCUUCCUGUGCAAUUCGCAUUAAGUGCACACGGCACCAAGUCCAUUACCGCCGUGGACCAGGAAUUGCUCGACGGCCUGAGCAAGGCGGGCUUCAAGCUCGAUUUUGGGCCGGAUGGAAGCGGUAUCUACCGCAAGUACGUUACGCGCGGCGGGGGUUACUACAUUGACGUGGGUUGCAGCCAGCUCAUCGUGGACGGGAAGGUCAAGGUUCAUCAUAGCCCUCGGGGGAUAUCCGGCUUCACGCCCGCCGGUCUGACACUGGCGGAUGGCACCACGUUGGAUGCCGACAUUGUUGUGCUGGCGACGGGAUACGAUGGCAUGCGGUCGAGCACGCGCAACAUUCUGGGGGACAAGGUGGCAGAUCGGGUCAAGGAGUGCUGGGGCCUCGAUGAGCAGGGCGAAAUCAACUCGAUCUGGAGAAGCAGUGGGCAUCCACGGUUCUAUUAUAUGGGUGGGAAUCUUGCCCUUUGCCGCUCUUACUCGCGUCUUUUAGCUCUGCAGAUCAAGGCGGUAGAAGAGGGUCUCUUUGUCGAGACGUAG